AUGCCACCAGCAGCUGGAAUCCUUCGCUCAGUGAUCAAGGCGCGCUUCGCGUUGCUCAUCGAGGACCUUUUUGCAAGUGGAUAUGUCGUUGAGGUCGAUAUCGGCAACGGGAGUUGCGAUGGUGUCUGCAACUGGACCCGGGUCAUGGAUGGGUGGAACAGCAGGAGGCUGCGUGGUAGGGAUAAGAAGCUGGUCAGCGGGAUGGAGGUUGGUACCGAGCUGCAGGUUGGUCUGAAAGUCGUUGAUGGAACUGUACCCGGCCUUGUAACGAGGAAUCUUGGGAUCUCAUCAUCCCGCUGUUCGAAUCCCAUUCUUCCUAUUGUGUGGUUGCUGGCUACCUUGACUGAGAUGAGACGGGAGCUCAUAAUCCACCUUGAUCGGGAUAACUCGUGA